AUGUCAAAGGGAAAGGUUUGUCUUGCUUACUCCGGUGGUCUCGAUACCUCUGUGAUUCUUGCGUGGUUGCUUGAACAGGGCUACGAGGUUAUUGCCUUUAUGGCCAACAUCGGUCAGGAGGAGGACUUUGAGGCCGCCAGAGCUAAGGCCUUGGCCAUUGGUGCCUCCAAGUACGUUCUUGUCGACGUUAGAAAGCAGUUUGUCGAGGACGUGCUGUUCCCAGCCAUUGAGGUGAAUGCCAUUUACGAGAACGUCUAUCUCCUGGGUACCUCGCUCGCAAGACCUGUCAUUGCGCAGGCACAGAUCCAGGUUGCUGAGCAGGAGGGAUGUUUUGCCGUUUCUCACGGUUGUACCGGUAAGGGUAACGACCAGGUGAGAUUCGAGCUGUCUUUCUAUGCGUUGAAGCCGGACGUUGUUGUCAUUGCUCCAUGGAGAGACCCAGCUUUCUUUGAGAGAUUUGCCGGUAGAAAGGAUCUCUUGGACUAUGCCUCCGAGAAGAACAUCCCUGUGGCACAGACAAAGGCCAAGCCAUGGUCCACUGACGAGAACAUGUGUCAUAUCUCCUUUGAGGCUGGUAUCUUGGAGGACCCAGACACGACACCUCCAAAGGACAUGUGGAAGUUGACCGUUGAUCCAACCGACGCUCCAGACGUCCCAGAGGACUUCACCGUGUUCUUCGAGAAGGGUAAGCCAGUCAAGCUGAGCUACACAGACGACGGUGCUGCUAAGGAGGUCACUGACCCAGUUGAGCUCUUCCUCGUUGCCAACAAGCUUGCAAGAAGAAACGGUGUUGGUCGUAUCGAUAUUGUUGAGAACAGAUUCAUCGGUAUCAAGUCCCGUGGUUGUUACGAGACACCAGGUUUCACCAUCUUGAGAUCUGCCCACAUCGACUUGGAAGGUUUGACCUUGGACCGUGAGGUUCGUGCCAUCAGAGACACGUUCGUCACUCCUUCCUACUCCAAGAUCCUCUACAACGGGUUGUACUUCACACCAGAAGGUGAGUACGUCAGAUCCAUGAUCGAGCCUUCUCAAACCACAGUCAACGGACAGGUCAGAGCAAGACUUUACAAGGGCUCAUUGCAAAUCCUCGGUAGAUCCUCCUCCACUGAGAAGCUGUACGAUGCUACCGAAUCCUCCAUGGAUGAGUUGACCGGAUUCCAACCUCAAGAGGCUUCCGGAUUCAUCGCUGUGCAAGCCAUCAGAAUCAAGAAGUACGGUGAGGCCAAGAGAGAGAAGAACGACCCAAUCACUUUGUAA